UGCAACACUAGUUGAAGAUAUUGACGCAUUCACAGUUAGGAUCAUAGAUGUUGUGAUUAGUGUAACAACCGAAAUGGUGGACACUGCAUGGAGAGAAGGUCACCCUGGUUCUCUUCGAGCUACCAAGGAUGCUCGCAUAAAAAUUUACUAGUCCAUCAAGCUUAUUAUUGCCAAGAAAAAUUCAAUACCAUUUGACUCUAAAAGUUAGCCAUUUUGAAGAAUUAAAUCAACAUAAGUUAUUGCUAUCCGAAAAGGAAUUUUGUCCUAGAAACACACUCCGGACAACUAAAGGACGUAAAUGACGUUAAAAAAGAAUAUCCGUUUCAGACUUGCAGGUUUUCUUUCAACAUAGUUGUAACAGUUUCUCCCACUCGCCUCGAUUAAGGGGCUUCAGACAGGAAAUUAGUUGAGCAUGACACCUGCCUAUAAAAGAGAGGGAUCUCCGCACACUCCUUCACUUUGCACAAGACGCUCCAGUUCCAAGUUCAGCCUUUCCUCUGUCAACAUGCAGACCUUCUUGUGUUUCACCCUGGUGCUUCUGUCGGCCACCCUUUCUGCCAAGGGAGACGUGCCAGACAGCUUGAAGAGUUUCUUCUUCCCCGCUCUCGCCCCAGCUGUCGCAAACAGCGAAUAUUCGAACAGCCAACUCAGUGAACAGGAUCCCGACGCUGUCUCACCCUCUGGCAACGAGGAGCAGAGGAUGUCUCGCCUCCAAUCUACCAUCGAUGAGGCUCGUCGCAGCUACAGCGCCGGAGAUUUCUCCCGCUACAUGACCGCCCAGCCUGUCGGAAAGGCUCAGUGUUAUGUUGAAUUUCAAGUGACCCAGCGCCAGCCAGGACGAUGCAUCCGGUUGGGAGGCCAGACCCCAGCCUGUCAGACCAGCGACUACGUGUCCAUCAACUUCAAUGAGUGCAGCUAAGAAAAUAAUGCCAUUACAGUAUCCGAAACCGAUUUAGAAUCUUCUCCUUUUGUGAUAUUUUCGACUCUUCAUUUCAUCACUCUACCAUCUUAAGAAGAUCUAUUUUUACUAUCCUCUUUAUGUUUGAAAUGAAUUAAAUUAUGUGAGCGUUAAA